CGUGCGCCGGUAUGUCAGCGAACGCCGGGACGUCGGCGACUACCGCAACCCCCGUGAAACCCCCGACGAAGGCACGGAGGCUUCACGAGGGUCGGCAGUCGCGUGCUCCAGCCGCCGAAGAAGAGAAGCACUGUAGGAACGUAAUCGCGGCUCGCGCAAAGUAUUUAUCAGCUCGCACGAUAGCUCUGCAUCGUCCUGUCGCGAUGACGGCACGCGAGAAAUCCUAACGUCGCUGGUGGGCACGGUACGUAAAUGGCGCAGGAAAUUCCUGAGACGACGUACGAGCCGGAAGUCGAAGAGGACGCGAGGAGAAAGCGCGAACGCCGGGUCGUUCAGGAGGGUACGGCGUUGUGGAGGCGACGGAAGGAGGAGCUGCAACGUCAAAAGCAUCGUGAACAACGUGAGUUGCAGAAAAUUCUGGCCAGUUACUCGCCGUGGGGUAAACCAGGUGGCGGCGCGCCCUGCGCGGCGACUUUAAGGAAGAAAAACGUACCUCUGGAGCCGCCUGAGCUGCCGAGAUGUCACAGUUACGGUCAGCUGGUGCAUCCUACGCCGUGGGGACGUCCUGGUCCUGGCGGAGCUCCUUGGAGGGAUCCCAAGUUACUGGGCGCGCGCUUCCUCGAAUCUAUGGGUUGGACGAGCAAUUCGAUAAUCGACAGACUAUACAAGAGGAACACGAACCCUCUGACUGUUGCGGACAUGAAUAAAUUCUACGAUGACAGGGCGACGCCAGGUAUUGCAUCGGAAACACAGCCGUUGCAAGACUCGAGGAAUCUCUACAAUGAAGAGGUUCAAAUGUACGAGCUCACGGGCGGUGUCGAAUUGGUACCUUUGUUAAGCAGCAGACGUUAUCAAUCGCAUCCGCAGACCACACGCUACCUUGCUACGGAUGCCACUCGUCCGGGAUACAUGAUAGAAUCGCUUCGCGCACUCAACGUCGCCAAUCGAGAGCACAUCGCGGAUCUCGCCGAGCAGAUACGACGUAAACGGGACAGGGCGCUGGAGGAACGGCGGAUCGAACAAGAGGGUUGUCGCAGGCACUUCGAUACUUGGAAAAGGCUAUGGGGUAGACCGGGUCACGGUGCUCCCAUAGAUCACGCCCAACGGAACAAUCUUUAUAACAUCCUCCAUCGUUCGGCUAUCUAUUGAAUUUUCUCGUAAAACGUUUUGCCUUCAGUGCAAAGCGGAGGAGCCCUCGUUGCUAUAAUGUUGCAUUUUAUUAUACGAAACGAAUAAGAAGAUGGCUAUUAGAUAUCGAUGACGCGAACAUAAGAUUAUAAGUCGUUUUCGCAAAGAAUAGCUAAGUAUAAAUAGUUUUUCAUUCUCUCUCAAACAAAUAACAUAUGCAUAAUAACAUUAUUAUCGUAUUCAAGUCUCUUUUGAAGUCAUCAAAUCAAUCAAAUACUGUAACACAUAAUGCAUUUAAAAUAUAAAUGCAUUUGCUUUAUUAAACUCUUAACAAGA